UUUAACUCGUUUAGGAAUUUAAUAAAUCUCUGCAAAACCCUAGCUGCAGCUAUCGAGCUUAAGAACUUCUCUCUAGGGGAAAACAAAGCACUCUCUUUGACGCUCUCUGUCGUUGGAUAUCGUCAAUUGUUGCCUCUUUCAGCUUUAAUGGCGCCUGCUGCACUUAGCAAGAAAAAAGGCUCAAAAUCUCAGAAACCUCCUGUAAGGAAAAAGCAAAAGAAUGCUCUUUUCACUGAAAAAAAGCGAAAGAAGGAUGAGAUUUUGGAUGAUUCUGAUAGUCCAGAUGAAGAACUAGAAGAACAGGAAGACUUUGAAGGGUCUGCUUCUGGUUCCGAUAUCCUUUCAGAUGGUGAUGAUCCUUUGGCCGAUGAUUUUCUACAAGGAAGCGACUUUGAAGAGAAAGGUUCAGGAUCAGAUUCUGGUGAGUAUUCUGAUUCAGAUGAGUCUGAUAUCGAGAAAAAGUCGAAAGCUCUUGAUGAGCAAAGGGACAGAGAACAGAAAGAUGCAGAUGACGAAAUACGGCUUAACAUUACAAAAGAGUCUGAUGAGUUCAGAUUGCCAACCAAGGAGGAACUUGAAGAUGAAGCACAAAGGCCCCCUGACCUUCCAAAUCUCCAACAGAGGAUAAGAGAGAUCGUUCGAGUGCUGUCAAAUUUUAAAGUUUUGAAGCAAGAAGGAGCUAGAAGAAAGGAUUACAUCGAGCAACUUAAGAUGGAUUUAUCCUCAUACUAUGGUUACAAUGAUUUCCUAAUUGGAGUUUUGAUUGAGAUGUUUCCAGUUAACGAACUCAUAGAACUUGUUGAGGCUUUUGAAAAGCCAAGGCCUAUAUGCUUACGAACAAACACCUUAAAGACUCGGAGACGGGAUUUGGCUGAUGUCCUCUUAAAUAGAGGUGUAAACUUGGAUCCUUUAAGCAAGUGGUCAAAGGUUGGACUAGUUGUUUAUGAUUCACAAGUGCCUAUUGGUGCAACUCCAGAAUAUAUGGCUGGCUUCUACAUGCUGCAAAGUGCAAGCUCUUUCUUGCCUGUGAUGGCCCUUGCUCCUCAAGAGAAGGAACGGAUUGUUGAUAUGGCGGCUGCGCCUGGUGGUAAAACAACUUAUAUUGCUGCUCUAAUGAAGAAUAGCGGAAUAAUUUAUGCGAACGAGAUGAAGGUACCAAGACUUAAGUCUCUUACAGCAAAUUUACAUCGUAUGGGGGUUACAAACACCAUUGUAUGCAACUAUGAUGGUAGGGAGCUUACGAAGGUUUUGGGUCACAAUGGGGUUGAUAGGGUGUUGUUGGAUGCUCCUUGUAGUGGAACUGGGGUCAUAUCAAAAGAUGAAUCUGUUAAAACCUCUAAAAGCUUUGAAGAUAUACAGAAAUGUGCUCAUUUGCAGAAGCAAUUGAUUCUUGGCGCUAUUGACAUGGUUGAUGCAAACUCAAAGUCUGGGGGAUACAUUGUUUACUCCACAUGUUCCAUUAUGGUUGCUGAGAAUGAGGCAGUCAUUGACUAUGCUCUUAAAAAACGGGAUGUUAAACUUGUGCCAUGUGGACUUGACUUCGGGCGUCCAGGGUUUAUCCGCUUUAGGGAACACCGUUUCCACCCAUCCUUGGAAAAGACGAGACGUUUCUACCCACAUGUUCACAACAUGGAUGGAUUUUUUGUGGCAAAGUUGAAGAAAAUGAGCAAUUCAAUACCUACUGCACCAUCUGAACCUGAACCUUUAGAAUCGGUGGAACAAGCACCUGAACCAAAUGAGAGCAAUAAUGAAAAGAAAACUGCUGAGCCUUUGAAAAAAGGUGCAAUGAAAAAAGAUAAGGGCUUGAAUGAUGGUGUUUCUGAUAAUGGAAAAGUGGAAUCCCAAUCCCCUGCCAAUAAGGGGAAGAAGAGAAAAUUUCCAUCAAGACAGGAAAUUUCAGUAGUCAGAGAGGAGAAGAGAAAAGCAUUGAGGGAAGCAAAAAAGAAGGCAUCAAGUAAGAGAGGGAGUAAGGAAUGACCUGCUGGUUCCACAACAACGCAUUAUAACAAAGAUUGGUAGAAACCUAUGAAAUACGCCAUGUGAAGAUGGGAAUGAGGAUUUCUCAGAAAUAGCAUACAUACUCGUGAUGUGCAAAGCUACAAUCAGGAAAUAUGUUGAGUUGUGGAUCUUGCUUCUACCAAUUGUAAUUGAAGGGAAGUUGUCUUUUAUGGGCUAUUUUAGUCCAGAAAAUUUUGUUUGUCAAAGCAUAGAUUUCUACUUACUAUAAAAAUAGAGAUGAAUAUUAGAGCCAAUUCUUGUCUAUCCAGAUUGCACCGGUAGGUAUUCAUGGUAACAAUCGUAAACAAGAUCUCACUUGUUUGUCUUCUGGUUAAUCUUCAUCAUUGUAAUCCUUUAUUUUCAUGUAGUUUCUAAUUAUAAAUUGGCGACUUUGAUGUUCCCUGAUUUCA